GCUUCCUGUUUGCAGCCAUUAGCUUGGUGAGUUUCCCAUCGCUGUUUUCGGGUGUUUCGUGGUUUAGUUGUGGACAAACAGCCUCGCAGACUGUGCACGGGGACAGAGACAUUCACGUGAAACACACCAGAGGACAAGUGAACUCACACACUGCGGGUUUGAGGCGAUGAAACCUGGAGGAGACAGAACCGUGUGUCACAUUCACUCCAUGUUUUCCACGAUCAGCAGUUGUCGUAACAGGUUAUUUGAGUGGUUUUCACAGCCCAGAACGCGCAGCCACGUUAACGCAGGACUCACUGUUCAGCUCAAAGGCUGCUUACGUCUACACGUGGUCGUUUUAUUAUUGUUUUUCUCACACCAACAUUUCUGUUUCUGAUUGUGUGAGCAGCAAACAGCCUUAAAUCCCACUGACUGAACAGGAGAGAGAAACACUCACUGGAUCUGUCUCUGUGUCCAGUCUACGAGCAAACAUUUCACCAUCAUGCUGUUUUUUCAUUAACUUAUGUUUUAUGUAUGUAAUGAAUCUGUGGUAAAAGCUAUACACUAAUCCAGUGGGUGAUGCCUCAGUUCCAUAUCACUUACUGACCCUUCAGAUUAGGACUCAAUGAUCACACGGUGUGAAUAGUUUGAACUUCACCAACACGAGAUCUUCUUACUUUGACAAAAAUGCAGGGAAAGACUGGAAAUCCUUGGAUCGAAGAUGAACACGCAUUUCCCAAUCAUUUCCUCAAAUCAGUUGAUAGGGAGAUUCUUUUCUGGAUAAUUUAUUAAAGUAUGAAAUGUUUAGUCGAUAAAAUGACAGAAAAUAUGGACAAAGCCCUACCGCUGUGUAGAAACCAAGUUCUCAUCUUCAUGUGAAAUUAAAAGAAUAAUAAAAGGACUUUUAAAAAAAUAUUUGAUUGGGGAAAAAUCACCAUGUUUGACAAGCUUGUCGUGCAAAUAUAUUUAGUCUUAAUCAAUGUUCCGUCUGUAAUUAAUCAACCCAUUAUUUGCCACUAAUAUUAAUUCAACUGACAAGUAUAUAGAUAAUUCUAAGGUAAUUUUUCAUUUGCGAGAUGGUUUUUACUGAAGGGUUUUAUUUAUUAUGCUCUCACUGAUUCUUUAUAAUCUUACAGCUCAUCUGGGAUGAUUCGCGUGGAUCUAAUUAAUCAUCACACACUUCAUAGAAAUCAGUUCCAAGACUGGUCUCUCUAACUAUAUUUAAUCACCUCUCUGAAUCUCUUUAUGGAUAAAACAGUAACAUCCAGCUGUGAAAUAUUAACAACCGUUGAACCAUUUACAAACAGCACAGAGCUGAUGACUUCCAUACGCAGCAGCAGUGCUUAUCAGGGUGAUUUAUGAUGAAUAGUUGAUGGAUGUGCUGUCAUUAGCUUUAUGCCGUAUAUCGCCAUUCAUCACUGAGCCACUCAAGACUAAUCAAGAAAUAACCCAGAAAUUUGUCCUCCUGCCCAGUGUAGUCAUCUAAAUCAUGUGCACAUGAGCGGAGAAUUAGCUUUGGGGUUAAUAUGAUUCUGGCUGUAAAGGAUCUUUAUGCCAUGAAUUAGAAAUUGCUCAAUAAUAGCAUGAAUUGUUCAAAAUUAUUUCAAGCGUAGCAGGACUUGAAGUUUGAUGUGGCUUAGUUAAAUGUCUUAGCAUCAUGGAUUAACCUGAACAGAGUUUUCGACUCAUGCUCCUUUGUGCGCCACACUGUGGUGAUCAAACAUAAAGUCAUUAUCUUGUGAAAUCUUGUUUUUUCCAACACAGUGAUUUUGAAUUUUUCAUAUAAACUGAAACAUCAAAGCUGCCUUCAGACAUGCACUGAAGUCCGGACACUUUCCUGAUAUUUUCCAGAGGGGCUGUCGGUGGGAACGCGAAUGUUCCCACCGACAUUUUGUGUAACUUUUCCUGCCAGCCUCCUGGUAAAAUAUCCUUAAUACAUCUGAAUAAGCCCAUAAGAGAAUAUAGCAGGAAACUGUCUGAAAAAUUCACAGCAAGCAAGUGGGCACGUUGAAAAAUAGAAUGCUAAUAUCUUUUCAUGAGAAAGAUGUAGUGUACGCGUGGAAGAUGUCAACUUGGAAAGAGAACGACAUAGCUUUUCGGUGAUAAGGGCUGACACUGGUGUUGAUGCGCUGUACUGACCUGAACAAUCUCCUGUCUAAUCUCCUGUCUAAUCUGAACAAUCUAAUUUUCCACAUAUUUUCCAGAGUUCUUGUCUGAAAACGAGUGUUCCCUGAAGAGUUGAGGGAAUUUCUCUACUUCUUAAGAUCAAUUUGAAGAAAAAACGCUUUUCACAAAGCCGAAAACUGGGCUGUUGUCUUAGCAUAUGAACAGCUGGCAAUGUGCAGAUGUGUUUUUUCAACACUGCACCAACAAAGUAUUUAUUUUAACUUGGAUCCAAAUGUAUUCACGAUCUGAAAUUCUUGAUAAAAUAUGUGAACAUUUGCCAAAAUGUAGUCAUUCUAAUGAAAAGUGUAUGUAAUCAGCAGUGAUGUGGAAACCCUCUUGUUGUUCUGAGUGAGGUAAUCACCAGUAUUUACAGUCGCCUCUGUUACCUGAGGGUACCACAUCACAAUGAGUCGACAUUAGUAAUUCAACACCGCUCAUGCAUGUAGAGCAAAAUGGGAUGCGGAGCUGAGUCUUGGUAUAAUUCACUGUGAAUGUGCUGUGUGCAGAAAUGCACUGUAAGCAGGUCACAUUAAUACUGAACGGUCUGGUGGAUAACAUUAAAACAGAGUGUUUUUUUCUUCUUCUAAUUAGUCAGCAUCUAACUCUUGGUGUUGGUCUUCGACAGGUGGGGAGGAUGAGCUCAGCAAAUGGGACCAGGAGGAAAGUCAAGCCGCAGCAUUUCAGUGGCGUGGUGGCGUCUGACCCCGAAACACUGAUCGAGAUUCAAGGUCUUUUCAGUAAAGUCAGAGUCUACGUGAAGCCGUCGGAUGGCGAGUGGAGUAUCCCCGAUCCGAAUGAUGCUCUCAAACACACGGUGGAGGAGCACUGUCGGCUGCAGGCCCUGAAGGUGGCUCUGAACGCUGUGAAGAACCAGCUGAGCGACAAGAACAUCCAGGUCUGGCAUCAGCACACCAACUCCACCAAUCGAGCGGGGAAGGUGAUCGCCGCCGUGCGUUCUGCUGCCAACGCCGAGAUCUGCACUCAGGCCUGGUGCAAGUUCUAUGAGAUCCUGGGAACCUUUAACCUUCUUCCAGAGGAGGCUCUUCAGAGUGGAGAGCUGAACACCGUCCACCUGUGUGAAGCUCCGGGGGCCUUUAUAGCCGCUCUGAACCACUACAUCAAAACCAGCGAGGCCACGCGCUACUGCGACUGGACCUGGGCAGCCAACACUCUCAACCCGUACCACGAGGCUAACGGGGGGAACACGACCAUCGCAGAUGACCGGUUAAUCGCCAACACGCUGCCCUGGUGGUUCUUUGGUUCCGACAACACAGGCAACAUCAUGCUCCAGAAGCACUUGCUGGAGCUGCAGCAGUUUGUGUCUAACAUGCACAGAGUGGAUUUGGUGACGGCAGACGGUAGUUUCGACUGCCAGGAGAACCCAGACGAGCAGGAGGCGCUGGUGGCGUCGCUGCAUUACUGCGAGGUCACAGCUGCACUGCUGCUGCUGAGCCCCGGUGGCUCCUUUGUGCUGAAGAUGUUCACGUUGUACGAAGACUCCUCCAUCUGCUUACUCUACCUGCUGAACUGCUGUUUCCGCACUGUAAACGUUUUCAAACCUGCCACCAGCAAGGCCGGCAACUCCGAGGUUUACGUAGUGUGUCUGAACUAUGACGGCAAGGAAGCUGUGAGGCCCCUGCUCUCUAAACUCAUUCGGAAUUAUGGUCCAGAGCUGGCCGACCGAGAGGCACUUUUCCCAAAUGAACUAAUUCCAGAGUCGUUUCUGAAACAGCACGACGAGGUGUGCUCCUACUUCCACACGCUGCAGCUGGAGACGAUCACAGAAAACCUGCGACUGUUUGAAAGGAUGAGCACAGAGCAGAGGCAGCGGCUCGACCACGUCAGGGACUCUGCAGUUCAUGAAUACCUGCAGCGAUUCCAGGUGAGCUUCCUUCCACGGAGCCGAUGGGUCUCUCGUAACACUGUGAGUCCCGCCUGCUGCAGCGUCUCAGGGGGUCGACCUCCGGGGCAGAGGAAGCAAACAGGGUCCUUUAAUGAGCGAAGGGAGCUGCAGACCCUGACCUGGAGGGAGCGCAUCGAGAAGGGUAACCAUGCCGCCUGGAUACAAAGACACUGCACCGAGGCCGGUGGGACGGGCUGCGUGCUGGAAGGCCCCCAGUCCAAGUGUCACAUGGAUUCGUGGUACGUUAUUGUGGGGCCCGCGCUGCCUGCAAUCAGAAACUCUCCGUUCUGUGAAGGAGGGCUGUUAAACCACCUGAAUGAAGCCCUGAUGGACACAGUGGUCGACUGGACUGGUGUGCUGCCCUGUGACUCUUGCCAUGUGGUUUGUGCAGCCUCCAUCUUGGCCGGUCUUCCAGGUGACAGUGGCGGGAACAAAAAGAAGAGACAGUGCCUGGUGUUUGGCAGCCGCACAGUCUGGUGUGCACGUGAGAACCAAAUUGAGGAUUUGGGCUUAGUGUUUUCUGCAGAGCCUUCCCUUCCUCAAAGAGGCUGCAUCACGCUGCACGACGGGGAGCCGCUGUACCAGCAGCAGCUCGUCGGCAGUGUUGUGUUUUCCCUGCAGACGCUGAACUCUGGGGAUGCCCUGCUGCUGCCUGUGUUUUCUGCCCUCACACGUGUCACAGCAGCUGUUGUAUUCUGCCUGCAUGUGUGUUUUCGCUCAGUCACAUUCAGGUGUCCGCCCCCCACCGGUGUUGUCGGGACGGUGCUUGUGUGCGUUGGCUUCUGUGCCGGCGCUGCCGCUCGAAUACUGCCCGUUCUCACAAACGUGCACAACUGCAUGAGUCAGCUGUUGAGAGGAGAGGGCGGUGACAGUCCGACUUCUGGCUGGGACAGACAGGUGCUGCAGUUUGUCCCCAUGGAGGAGCUGCUCACCGGAGGACUGACGGAGUUCCUGUCGACCAUGAACUCUGAAAUCAUCCAACAGAAGCUGCAUCUUCUCAUGCAUCAGUCGUAGUGCAGGUUAUUGAGCGGUGACGUGAUUUAUUCACGACUGGUGUCAUUAAUUUUAACUGCACGACUUCCAGCAUUUAGACUAUGAAUCUUUCUUCUGUGCUGAUAUUAAAAAAGUCAUUAAUCUGUUCACUCUUUUAACAAUGUUUAAAUCUUGGUGGACAGAUCAACAUUUAUGCGACAACCAAAGAUAUGGUAAAUUUUAUUUGACACAUUCUUUUUCCUUGUCAGAAAGUGGCAACUCUAUUUCCCACAAUGCAACUCAACUACAGACAGUUAGGUCUGAGGAUCAUGUGUGUUAUGUAAAUAGCAGCUCAUGUAGCCCCGAGCCUCAAGCAGAGAUGAGGAGUGGGCUGCACAGGUGUGGUAAGCUCGCUUCUUUCAAACGUCACACCUCCAAAUGUUUUUCUGCCGGUUUCUUCAGACUUCACACCGCUCCCUUGAGAAACGUUAAGACCCUUUGAUCUAAUGUGUUUUUAAUGCUUAUUAUUUAUUGAGGAUAUUUUUCGUCUUUAUGAAACAAUCUGUUGAAUAGACGCGUUUAUUUUCCAAACUGUACAAUGUCCAGUUCGGUACAUAUUCAGUUAUAAAUGUUUUCCGCUCAGAGGAGAAGGAUCCUUGUUAAAGACGUGUCUUUAUUUGAUGGAUACAUCAUAAAUCAUAGAAAAAGAAGCUAACUAAACAUAUCAGAUGGCGCUUAAAUAUCACCGAAAAAAAUCUAAACAAAAUUCACUCUUUUUGUUUGAUCCAUUUACCUUAAAGUGCCUGUUGUCUUUAACAACACAUUAUUUCAUCUCAUUGUGUUGGAUGUUUUUUCUCUCUGACAUUUUGCAGUGAGGAAAAUAUUCUGUCUUCAUAUGAAAGGACAGAAUGAUUGCACUAAACUCUAGACCAUGCAGGUAUAAGUACUGCAGGGUUUAAUCAACCAUACUGUCACAUAAGCUUCAAUAAAAAUGUAUUUGUAUAUUUUUCUAGUUUUUACAUUUGUUUACAUGUAGAUUUGAUUUUUGAUUUCUGUUUUUCUAAUAUGCAGAAAAUGUUACUGAAGAGAUCAUUUCCAUACAAGAAAAAAUAAAAAUUUGCACUGACA